AUGACACAAAGGAGUAAAAGAGAGAAAGAUGGGACUGUGAAAUAUGUCACUGUGGGAUGUGCUCGGGGUGGCAAGGCACGGAAUAGGUCGUCAAACGUCUCCAAGCCUCGGCCAACAAGCAAGACAGACUGCAAAGUAAGGAUGAAUGUCAUGUUAAAGGAUGGGAAGCUGUGUGUGACAUCCGUAGUUAACACACACAAUCAUGGGCUCAGUCCAAGAAAAUCCAGGUUUUUUAGAUGCAGCAGAGAAGUUAACGAGUCUGUUAGGAGGGUGUUGGAUACUAAUGAUGAGGCUGGCAUACGGAUGAAUAAGAGUUUCCAUGCUCUUGUGACUGAAGCGGGUGGGUAUGAGAACGUACCAUUUGGAGAAAAAGAUUGUCGUAACUAUAUUGACAAGGCACGACACCUGCGUCUUGGUAAAGGUGGUGCUCAAGCGCUGUUUCAGUAUUUUAGAAGGAUGCAAAACAAGAAUGAUGGUUUUUUCAGCCUCAUGGAAUUAGAUGAUGAUGAUAGACUGAAAAGUGUGUUUUGGGCGGACGCCCGUAGUAGAGGGGCAGACAACUACUUUGGAGAUGUGGUAACAUUCGAUACCACAUACUUGACAAAUAGGUAUGGAAUGCCAUUUGCACCUUUUGUGGGUGUAAACCAUCAUGGACAGUCAAUCCUUUUGGGUGCAGGCCUUAUUUCAAGUGAGGAUACAGAAUCGUUUAUUUGGUUAUUUAAAACUUGGCUUGAUUGCAUGGAUGGAAAAGCGCCGAAUGCUAUUAUUACAGAUCAAGAUCGGGCAAUGAAAAAUGCGAUCGCCAUUGUCUUCCCGAACACGCGGCAUAGAUAUUGCUUGUGGCACAUAUUGCGAAAGGUCCCUGAGAAACUUGGUUCACAUGGUCAAUACAAAUGUGGCCUGAAAAGUAAAUUGCUAUCUUGUGUAUAUGACUCCCUUACAAUUGAGGAGUUUGAGAAUUCUUGGAAAAGCCUCAAUGAUACUUUCAACUUGCAUGAAAAUGCAUGGUUGCAAAGCUUAUAUGCAGAAAAAGAGUUUUGGGUGCCGGUAUAUUUAAAGAACUCGUUCUGGGCUGGAAUGAGUACAACUCAACGCAGUGAGAGCAUGAAUGCUUUCUUUGAUGGCUACGUGCAUGCUAGAACAAACCUUAAAGAGUUUGUUGAUCAGUUCGACAAUGCUCUCAAGAAAAAAGUUGAGAACGAAAACCAAGCUGACUUCAAUUCAUUUAACUUCACCAUUCCUUGCAUAUCACACUUGGCUCUUGAGAAGAAGUUUCAAGAUGUAUACACAAAUGCAAAAUUUAAGGAGGUUCAACAAGAGAUAAUGGGAAUGAUAUAUUGUCAUUGUCGUUUCGAGAAAAUGGAGGGAGUAAUCGCAAUUUACUCGGUCGAUGAUCAAGUAAAGGCUGAAGAUUUCAUCAAGGAGGUUACGUAUACUCUUUACUUUAAUGAGGCUGAGUGUGAGGCGAAGUGUGUUUGUGGGUUGUUUGAGAUGCGAGGGAUAAUAUGUAGACAUAUUCUUGCAAUCUUUUCAGCUAAGAAAGUCCGUGAGUUGCCAGAGAAGUACAUAUUAGACCGGUGGCGGAAAGACAUAAAACGGGCUUAUACUAUUCUUCCGACCAGUUAUGACGCUGUUGAUCAGAGACCUGAAACUGUUAGGUAUAAACGUAUUUUGAGAACUUUCAAUGAGGUAAUAACAAAUGCAGUUUCGUGCGAUGGGCAUACUGAGGAAAUGAUUUCAAACUUGUAUGCGAUGAAUGAGGUUUGGCGCACAUCGAAGCCCUCCAACACGGUAUCCAAUGUUGGAGGAAGUACCGUGAAUGCAUUCACAGAAGGAAGUUCCAAGAAGGUGCUAAGUCCCCAUGUUGUCAGAGGCAAGGGAAGACCCCCGUGUAAGAGGAGGAUGUCCACGAUGGAGGAAAGAGUGAAGAAAAUUAAAACUAAGACUGCAAAUAAGAGAAAAGAUAAAGGAAAAAGUUGCACUGUGAGGCGUAGAUUGGACACCGAACCAUUGGAAAGCACUGAAAACCAACUCGGCCUAUCGGAAAUGAGGAUGCAAGAAAAUGUACAAACUCCCAUAAUAGUCAAUGAAGAAAGUGGACAACAUCCAGUGAUGGGGACACAAGAAAGUAUACAACUAGGAAUGGAUGGAACGCAGCCGGAGACGGAAUUUGGAACGCAACCCAGCAGUUUCUUGUAG